AUGCUUAAAACUCCCAAACGUCAAUUGGACUUCAUGAUGGCCAAUCCCGGAGCAGCCGUUGAUAAUCAAUCUGCCAUUUUGCCUGGUGCCAACCCGGCCGCAGCGGCAGCUGCGCAGCUGGCCGUUUCCCCAGCCGCCGCAGCUGCUGCCCAACUGCAACAGCAGCAGGUUCAGCAGGCCAUAUUGCAGGUACAACAACAACAAACACAGCAGGCUGUGGCUGCAGCCGCCGCCGCUGUUGCCCAACAAUUGCAAAAUCAAACCAACGGUGGUGGUACCAAUGGCAAUACAAAUGGCUCCAGUGAGACUCGCACCAAUCUGAUCGUGAACUAUUUGCCGCAGACAAUGAGCGAAGAUGAAAUCCGUUCCCUAUUCUCGAGUGUGGGUGAAAUUGAGUCGGUGAAAUUGAUACGUGACAAGAGCCAACCCUUUUUGGAUCCCCUCAACCCAACCGCCACAAAGGGCCAAAGUUUGGGUUAUGGCUUUGUUAACUAUGUACGGCCCCAAGAUGCCGAACAGGCAGUGAAUGUUUUAAAUGGCCUAAGGCUGCAAAAUAAAACCAUAAAGGUCUCGUUUGCCCGUCCCUCAUCGGAGGCAAUUAAGGGUGCGAAUUUAUAUGUUUCCGGCCUGCCCAAGACCAUGACACAACAAGAUUUGGAGGCCAUAUUUGCACCAUUCGGCCAGAUUAUUACAUCGAGGAUUUUGCAAAAUGCCGGUAAUGAUUCCCAGACCAAGGGUGUGGGUUUUAUACGUUUCGAUAAGCGUGAAGAGGCCACAAGGGCCAUUAUUGCUUUGAAUGGCACCACACCAACCGGUUGUACCGAUCCCAUUGUCGUGAAAUUCUCCAAUACCCCAGGAAGUACGAAUAAGAUUAUACAGCCUCAGAUACCGACAUUUUUGAAUCCUCAACUGGUGAGACGUAUUGGUGGUGCCAUGCACACCCCCGUGAACAAAGGCCUGGCCCGUUUCUCCCCCAUGGCCGGUGAUAUGUUGGAUGUUAUGCUACCAAAUGGUUUGGGAGCAGCGGCAGCCACUUCGCUGGCCACCGGCCCCGGUGGUGCCUAUCCCAUUUUCAUUUACAAUUUGGCGCCGGAAACUGAGGAAUCAUCGCUGUGGCAGCUGUUUGGUCCCUUCGGGGCCGUGCAAUCGGUGAAAAUUGUUAAAGACUCCUCGACCAAUCAAUGCAAAGGUUAUGGUUUUGUGUCCAUGACCAACUACGAUGAGGCUGCCAUGGCAAUAAGAGCGCUCAACGGUUAUACCUUGGGUAAUCGAGUGUUGCAAGUUAGUUUCAAGACUAACAAAAAGUAAA